CGUAUCUUUUCAUUCCUGAUUUCAUUGGCAUUUAAUUUUUUUACUACCUGUAUAAAAGUAUUUGGAAUUUAUUUUACGGGGAAAAGUAAAAUCUUAUGAGUUUUCGUUGGCUGUACCGUUAUUAAGGUAUGGGCAAUUCCGACAAUGAAACGGUUGAUGAGAACCAACCACCAACCCAUACUCAAUCUGCAACGCCUGAGGAUGACGCGACAAACCUACCAAGGCAUCUUCGACAUCGUUACUGGAAUAGUUGGGAGGAGAUGCGUUUAGUAGAACUAUGGCGGCUGCACAGCGAUGACGUGACGACAUUAAAGCAAAACAUUCCCAUUUUUCGUACUAUAUCGGAGGGAAUGCGUGAAUAUGGGUUCCAUGUGAACGCUCAGGAGGUCCGGCGUAGAAUUAACAAUUUCAAAAACAAGUAUAUUGCCGAGAGACGUCGUUUAGAACUAGAUGACCAAAAACUCAGCGACUGGCGCUUGUAUCCGCUAGUCCAUUGCCUGUUAGCACCGCGUCAAAAGAAUCAACUAUUAACGCAUCAAAAAUUAAUUCUGGAUCAGCUAUGCUCAAAAAUACCGCAGGAGUUGAUAAACAAAGAGAUACCUUUCAUUGAAAUUAUAGACAAAAAACCCGUUCAGCAAUUACCUACCGUUGCUUCAAAUGAACCCGAAGUAAAAUAUGUACCGCCAGCGCGUUCACAGCGUUAUCAACCACGAGUCAAGCCCUAUCCCAGAAGUUUAAGCAUCGACUCGAGCUUUUUCUUGCGACAUAACUUCAACAGGGAGAGAUUUACCCAAAUACUUGUAGAUAAUAGCAUACUCUCUGACCAGCGUGAUGCAGCUCUUAAGCAACUGAAAUCAGAGGAAAGGUCAUUCAAAGCCUUAGAGAGCUUUCUCACAAACUGGCAAAAGAAGCACGAAGUCGUAUUGCAGCGCUUACAAUGCGCUGAGGCAAAGUAACAACAACUUCUGAAUUUUUAUAAUAGUCCUCGGUUCAUUGUUAGUUGCGAAACCCUCAAGUCGUCAAUAAGAUUUUUGUUUAAGUUUUGUAUGAUUUAAUUUUUUUAGUAUUGUAUUGUCAUUAUUUUAAGUUCGUCCAAUGUCUAGUUAAUUUAUUUACUUAUUUUAUUUUAUUUUUUUUUUUGUUUGAAAGGAUCUACUUCCGCAUUUCAAUAACGUUUUUUGCAGAAAUCUUGAAUUUUUACCUCAAUCGAUGUAACAUGUCUUCAGGAAUAAAUAAACAAAUGGGUGACAUUUUAUACUUUUAUUUUUAAUUAAUCACCUAACUAUAAAUAUUUCGCUUUCGUAUUUUUUGUUACAAAUGGUUGUGGUUUUUGCAAGCAUGGAAUUAGUUUAUCUUAGUUUUAAAUACUGCGGAUAAUUACAAUUAAAUAAACAAAAGCGCACUAGAUUCUCUUAAGAACCGAUCGAGAAUAUUCUGAAACAGGCUUUUUUAUUUGAAAUCUGUUUUUCCGGUAUCUGCUUUUUGAUAAGGCAAACUAGUGAAAGCACUUAAACUUAAUUGAAUAUGAAUAUACUUAAUUUUAUAGUUGCAAAUAAAGUAACUGUACAAAGAGAGAAGUGGCUAUUGAUAACUGGAGUAAGAAAUAUA